CCCAACAUACCAGACUGAGAGCAUCUAGGCAAGUAAUAAUAGCUAUGUAGUUUUAUAUAAAAUGCACAAAAAGUAGAACUAGGCCAUAAGAUAGAUGGGUGCUAAACUAAGCUAAGGAAAGAUACAUAAAGUCUAUGAUAAAAGACAUAUCUUAAGAUAGACAGGUAGAUAGAAAGUCAGGAGUGUAGUAGAUAUUAAGACAGGUAAGUAGAAUGCGAGGUAAGUGACAAGUUAAGAUAAAAACUUGUUUUCUAGACUAUGAUUAAGAUAAUGGUCAGAAGGCUAUCAGAUCAUAAUACAUCCUACAAAAGCUGCUUAUUAAGAAGUGACGAUUUAGUAAAUACGGCAUGUAGUUCAGAGGUGAGUCCCAGGUAAGUCAAGCAGGUGGCCAGGGCGGUAACGAGCUGUUCUCGUGACACUGACAAAACCCCAAAGCCUUUGCGUGUCUCUCCCCUCUCUUACCCCUUCCCCUUCCUCUGGUAACUUCCCGCUCAUGUCCUCGUGCUGAGAGGCUCCCACCACCUGUCCCGCACCUGCCCCGCACCUGCCGGUCAGUCAACAAAAGGUCUCGAUAGCGCUCUCACUAUUCACCAUCAAUCACCAGUCUCCUGAUUCCCAUGUGUAGGUAAGGAUUCAUCAAGUCAACUUAGGCUCAGUGGAUAUUUUUUUUUUUUAGUGUUACUGUAUAGAACGCAUUAAUUUCUAUUUUCAAUCACAUUCUACGGCCCUGAACAGUGACUGGUGCAAGGGCGUAGUGUUGUGAUGAGUAAGGAGCGACCUGUUUUAUCCUCUGAGCCUGGGGACAAAAAGUCUCUCCUAGCCGGUUCAGUCACCCAGCCUCCACAAUUCGGCCCUGUCCAAACGCUUAGAUCACAAGACAGAAAUCCCAAGUCUCUAGUACUAGUCGACCUACCACUACAAGCUCCUGUACCAGACAGUUCACUCCUCGAGUCUCCGCCACAACAAACUCCCCGCGCUCAGCUUCCAGUACAAGCCAGCCCACGUCCCCACUCUCAGCCCUUCCUCCUCUUCUUCACCCUCGCCGCCGCCUGGGGUGAGUACAGGCUGAAGUGUCAUGUCAUGCUUCCUCCAGCUCCCUCUAGCUUCUUUGUGCUCUUGACUUGCUUUCUUUACAAGCAAAUACAAAAAUAUUAAAGAACAAACAAUAACAAUAACAAAAUAACAAACGUGUUUUAAGAAAUUAAUGCCUCCUUUUCCUCCUUUCCCUCCUUCCUCAUUCCCUCAUGCAGCUGGUGUGGAGGGGCUGGACUGCUUCAAGUGUGGGUCCGUCAAUGGGUCAGAUCCACAAUGCAGCGACCCCUUCCACCAUAACCACAGCACCACCUAUCUGGCCUCCCCCUGCCUCGCCGGCUGGAAGGGGCGUGAGGGCGCCUUCCCAGCCACACACUGCGUCAAACUCUCGGGCUACUUCUACCAGACCGGGGAGAGUAUGUUCGUGAGAGGCUGCACCACGGACUCUGGAACACUCACUGUGGACACUGAGUUGGGCAGACAGAGCCACUGCGGCGUGUUCCUCUACGACGACAGCCAGGUGCAUCAUUUACCUGUAGCUCACGUGGCAGGUGUGGAGGUGUUAGUUAACCAGGAAGUCACAGUCACACGCAGGCAGGCAGGCAGACAGUCCAUCCCCAGCUGUCCCCAAUAUCAUAUUCCAGCACGGCUUUCCUACUGUAUUGGGGAGAUGGAGAGGGAUGGGGGAAGGGGAGAUAAAUGGCACAUAGAGAGGGAGUGGGGAGAGAUGGGGAGGAGUCUCUAUAUUGCUUACAUUAUCACACCGAAACUCACUCCUCGUUCACGCCUCUGCACCUCUUUGGAAGCUGUUGAAUCCAAGUAUGAAUACUACAGAAAAGAAAUGUAA